CGCAUAUACAUAUAGAUAUAAUAAAUAUACACACUUACUCACACGCAGAGAGUGCGUGAGUCUGCGAGUCCAAGUGGAGCACAUUUCGCGGGGUUUUUCAUUCUCUCUCUCCAUCACUCAACAUUACCUUCUUGAUUUCUUCAUCUAAUUUCCCCCCUUUUCUUCACCACAAAAUCAACUACACUAAUAAAACCAGCUACUAUGCAUGAGUGAGACAUCACAUACCGUGAAAAGAUGAGAAUUAGUUCAAGAGAACAAGCAACCUCAAAGGAACUGCAGGAGAAAGCUGUAGUAUUGCGAUCGAAUAGAGUGAAAAAAUCUAUUGAUUAUACUAAACUGGAAAACCCGUUAUAUGUUGCUCAACACCAUGAAUUGAGACAAACUGCAGGGGAGGAGAAUGUGGAUCAUUUUCAGACCAUAGUGAACCACAAUAAGCCCAUUAGAGAUGAUAGCCUUGUUAAGCACAUGACAAAUUUGCCUGGGUAUCUCCAGCGUGUGGAAAAGAGUGAAAAUGUUCAAGGGAAGGCUUUGAAUUUUGGUGUUCUUGACUGGGGUCGUCUGGAAAAUUGGAAGUCCAACGAAAAGCGUAUUCCGCCAAGAUAUAAUCUGAAAUCGCCACACUCUAAAAGCAACCCCACCCUUGUAAAGAGCGGUUCGGCGAUGUUUUCAAGAAAUAAGAAAAAGGUUCAUUCACCUCGAAAGGAUCAACAAGCAUCAAAUUGUUCUCCUCUGAAUUCGUCUUCCGGACCAAGACUUCCUCCGGGUGUUAGAUGGCCGAGAGGAAAACCAGUAAAAUCCCAAAUUUCUGAAAGUCCUCCUUGUAUGAAUGAACUGCCAUCUGGUGAUAUAAAUAAAAUUGUAGAGACUGACAGUAGUACAGGGAAACAAGUUGAUCAAGUGACAUCAGACUUGAUAAAACAGGGGUCAUGUCUUCCCCCGCAUCAUUUAAAGAUGCCAUCAGCGGAUAAUAUCAGUCAAACGAGUGAUCCUUGCCCCAGUAAUGACCACUUGGUAGAAGAGAAUGAAAGUACACUAUCUAGUUGCUUUUUGCCAGGGGAGUUUGAAACACUAAACCCUAUAUCUGAUGUUCCUCAUUCUUGCCCUUUCCCUUUGUCUCUCGGUGCUGAGGUGCAAUCUCCGGAUGACAUGCUAGUCACUCCAUUGAGACUUAAAGAAAAAAGCAAGGCUGUGAAGAAAUUAGAUCUGGAUAUGGAUGAACAGCCUGCUCUCAAAGGGAGACAUGCAUCGUCUCCCAAUGGGAGAUUUAACUUUAGCCUCGGAAAAAUGGCAAGAAGUUUUAGCUUUAAAGAAACUUCAUCUGCUCCACAGCAAAGUCCAACAUAUGUUUCUGUCAAGUCUGGUCCCGUCAACUUUGCAGCCUCUCCUGAUUUGGUCAACCACAACUGGAAGAAGGGAAAUGCUACUACUCCAUCCAGGUCUAGUCCUUUAAGGAGAUUACUGAGCCCGUUGCUGAAGCUCAAAGGAGCUCAUCUGGCAGAGAUGGACAACACGUCAAAACUAGAGCUUAGUCCUAGUAAUGUGGUUACCUCUGUCAACCAGAAUGAAUCGUUUUACAGCAGGAAACACAUAUCACCUAAUGUACAGGCACUUCUACAGCUAACGUUGAAGAAUGGAAUCCCAUUUUUUAAACUCGUGGUUGAGAGCAGCAGUGACAUUCUAGCUGCUGCUGUCAAAAGGUUACCGUCUGGUAAGGAUGAUACAAGCUUGACUUAUGCUUUCUACUCAGUACACGAGACCAAGAAGAAGAGUGGAGGUUGGAUAUACCAAAGUUCAAAAGAAAAAAAUUUCCAGUUUGGAUAUAAAAUUGUUGGAGAGAUGAAGAUUUCUAGUUCAUACCAUGCUGAGUUUAGUGGUCCAGAGAAAGAUCUAUACGUGGUGCGAGAGUCAGUUUUGUGUAGUAUUGAUACCAUGAAGGCAGAUCAGAAAACCGUUGAUGGCACACUGGCUGGGGAGUUGGCUGCUAUAAUUGUGAAGAAUCCUAGUGACAAAACUUGUGGAGGUAUAGGGAGCUCAAAUAGCACGGUUGUUAUUCUCCCUGAUGGUGUUCAUAGUUGGCCAAAUGGUGGAGUGCCUUCUCCAUUGAUAAAUCGAUGGAGAUCUGGUGGAGCAUGUGACUGUGGAGGCUGGGACAUUGGUUGCCAAUUUCACAUUCUCAGUCAUCAACAUGAAAUCAUCAAGGAUUCAAGUCCAUCUACGCUUAACAUUACCUCGAAUUGCCUUGAGCUUUGCUACCAGGUAGGACACAAGAAUACUUGCAAUUUUAGGUUGUUAUUACUUGAGGAUGGACUUUACUCGGUUGACUACGAUCCGUCAAUGUCAUUGCUUCAAGCUUUCUCCAUCUGUGUAGCUGUUGUAAGUAGCCAGAAGUUAACUCACAUCUUCCAAGUGAAUUACGUUCCUGAGUCCAAAGAGUUGUCCCAACCCAUACUAACAGGCGGUGAGAAGCUCAAAAGUCAGGAGGGGUAUUUUUCAAAACCACCGACAUCACCUGUUGGGAGGGUUUAGUUUUAGAAGGUAUAUUAGUUUUAGAAAUAAUAAUUGAUUUGUAUGUUGGGAUAAUUGUAGGCUGUUUGCUUACCUAUAGUUGAUGGUAUAAAUACUAAUAUUGUAACGGCUUAAAGUUCA